UUUUAUCAGUGUGACCCAGCUGUGUCAUACUCCUGAUACACAUAGAGACUUUCGUGACUCUGUGUGUGUGCUGGUAUGAGGUGCGAUCUGCUUUUAUUGAAGGUUUUUCUCUCUGUGCUGAGCAUUGAGAUGAUGGUGAUUCAGGCUGUUUGUCCUCACAUGUGUUCCUGUAAAGGUACUGUGGUAGACUGCAGUAAACGUGACUUGACCACGGCCACCCUGCCUUCCUCAUUCCCUCCUCAUACAUCUGAACUCCACCUGAAUGACAAUCACCUCACAUCACUGCCCAACAGCCUGCUGGACUCGCUGCCAUCCCUGCGUCUGGCCGUUCUUCACGGUAACCCGUGGUCGUGUGACUGUGGCAUCCUUUAUCUGAGAGGAUGGCUGCUGAAACAGAGGAACGAUGCUUUGAUAUGGAAUGUCACCUGUAUGUCUCCAGCACACCUGAAGGGUCGUCUGGUGGUUUAUCUGGUGGAGGAAGAGGUUUUGGAGUCGUGUCGUUAUUGGCUGUGUAAUUUAGCUCUGGCAUCUCAGAUCAGUCUCUUCAUCUUCAUCAUCGUCCAAGCUCUUCUGCUGGCUUUUGUCAUCUUCUUCCUCCGGCGUUUUGAGCGACUCACCAAAGAGGCUCGUCGCGCGGCUGCAGAGACAUUUGCACCUGAAGAUGAUGCUCAUAGUAAUGAAUAUGCCAAUUUGAAAGACAGAAGCAUGUAGGUUUCGGGUGACAGACUUGUAUGAUAAAGCCAUGAUGAUGUAAUCCUUUCGCACGAUUUAUUUCAAUUUAUCAUGUAAAGCAUUCAUUAUGACAACAUGCUUUUUCUUACAUGCUUAAUGCAGUUUAAACAAGCAAAGUAAGGUUUUAUAAAUGUAGCGCACAGUUAUGGAGUUACUGUACAAUUAAAUAAGGAAAAUUGUUUUUAUUGUUUGCACUUUUGUAAACUGUUAACUGAUCAGUUGGUGAAAAUGAUAAACAAUUCUGGUACAUAUUUA